UUGGUAGAGCAUUAUACAAAAUAUAUUGAGGUAUUUUACUAUUCUAGUAAAAUUUUAAUAGAAUGGCACGAACUGUUAUUUUAUUUGGCGCCGUACUUGCCAGUUUCAGUGCCAUCUCAGCACAAUGCCUCAACCGAAUGCUGCCAGCGUUGCAGCCCAGCAUCCUACCUGUCGCAGAAACGCUCAUUCCAAACCAGGUCCUAGUCAAUCAGGUGCCAAAUUACCUGCCAUUUGAAUACGGAAUCGAACCUUUAUACCCAGCUCCUAUGAUGCCUACUACAACUAUCAUUCAGGACAGCACAGUGGCAAACAACUUAGCGAAUGCUUUGCAGUUGCUCGUGGUGAGCAACUUGCUAAGCAAUACUUUGCCCACAGCUGGGGAAGUGAUCGUGCCAAUAGAAUAUGGCCCGAAUCUACUCUCCCCAGUCGCCAUGCCUUGUGGUGGUUUCGGAGGCUUUAAUUACGUUUAUUAAUAAUAGUAGUAUUAUAAAGCUAUAUAUCGUCUCUAUAUAAGCCAUGUUGCUAGAUUUGUAACUAUGUAUUUUAAGUAUUUUAAAUAUUUGUAUUUUAUAAUCAAGUUAUAUAUUGUUAAGAAUGUCAGCUUCAUUUAUUUUAGUUAUUAAGGACUAUUUUCAUAAUAACCACACAAUAAUAUUUUAAUUUCGAAAAAAAAUUUGCGUCACAUACUAUAUGAUGUAAAAAAUUUGUCAAAUCGGGAUGUAAAUUAUAUAUUAUGAUAUAAAUACAUUUAUAUAUUUAUUAAAAA